UUAUAGAUAAAUGCGCGCAUAUGCGCGACUCGGAACGCACCCAUAGAAUCCGUCUGUAAACGGCGCGAUGAUUCGGCUCGGCUCGGCUCGGCAUCAUGUAUAGUUCAUAUGUGAAUUAACGUAUUGCAUUCGAGUCUCCCGUCACCACCCGCGAUAACACGAUUCCGCGCUUUUACACGGGUAAAGACCACAUUUCAUAUCAGUUGGUUUGUGUUAUUCGAGUACGACGCGUGCUUGCAUAAUCGCUGAACAUGCAGCGUCAAUAUCCUAAAUCGCCGAAUGCACACUACAACGCGCCAACACUUUGCUUGAACGAAAGGAUCUGGUGGUGGUGUACGUGCACCCUCGUGCUCCUUUUCAUGGUCACUGGUGGUCUCGGCGAUUAUCCGGUAACCAACACGAAAUGGGGCUUUAUCCGCGGCAAGUGGAGCUGGACCGUGCGUAAUCAGACGGUUGCGAAUUUUCUCGGGAUACCGUAUGCGCUACCCCCGGUCGGCAAUUUGAGAUUUAAGAGCCCACAACGUUGGAAUCGCGUAUGGAUGACAGAUUAUGACGCUACGUUUGAUAGGGAAAAGUGCGUUCAAUGGGAUCGGUAUAAGUCUGAAAUUGUUGGCAACGAGGAUUGCCUUUAUUUAAAUAUCUUCGUUCCUUACAUUCCAGACACAUCACAGGAGAAACUAUCGGUUAUGGUUAUGGUACAUGGUGGUGGAUAUAAUACCGGCAGCAGCGAUAGCAAACUACUCGCGCCCGAUUAUUUGCUGGAUCAAAAAGUGAUCCUUGUCACGAUGAAUUAUCGACUUAAUGCUUUAGGAUUCUUUAGCACAACGAAUAAAAUUUCACCGGGUAAUUAUGGCCUUAAGGACAUACAAAUGGCUCUCAAAUGGAUACAGGAAAAUAUCCAUAGUUUCAAAGGAAAUCCCAGAUCGGUAACCCUUAUGGGACAUAGUGCAGGCGCUGGGGCGACUCAUUUACUCGCCCUCUCAAACAAAACGGAAGGACUCUUCCACAGAUAUAUUUUGCACAGCGGAUCCGCUUUAGGUUCGUGGACUUAUCAUCCUACGAGAACAUAUAGACAAUAUUGUUUGGAAUUAGCAAGGCGAGUCGGCUGCCUACCAAAAAUAGAUGACGAUAUAAUUAUGUCAAACGAAACGACCAACGAAACUUCUGUAGAGAAUUAUAUCGCGGAUAAUGAUGAAGAUAUGAUGAAAUGUAUGACAAGAAUUAAUGCGAGGGAAAUAAUUAGAAUGGCGAAUUCAUUUCGUAUUUGGAAAGACAAUCCAAUGUGUGUCUUUGGUCCCACAUUGGAGGAUGAUUCAGAAGACGCUGUUGUAACGAUGCCACCAUUGCAAAUAAUGAAGGCUGGUUUAUUCCGCGAUAUACCAGCAAUAAUACAAGUCGUGCAAGACGAGGGUUUGCUGAAAUCACUCGUUUUCUUUACAGAUCUGAAUGCCGAGAACGACUUUCUAAAAAACUUCGAAGAAUACUUGCCCCCCUUAUUGGAAUAUGAACCAACGAUUUUCAAUAUGAGUGUUUUAGCCGGCUCGAUAAAGGAUUUUUACUUUAAGGGAAACAUAAUGUUGAAUUUUAAGAGCAACAUCACAGAUUUAGUGAGCGAUGCUGUUCUGAUAUGGCCAAUAUAUCAAGCUUUGCAAUAUCAAUUGAAAAAAGGAAACUCCAGUAUUUACCUAUCUUUUUUCGCGUAUGAAGGCACGUUUUCAUAUACCUUCAGUUCGGGCAUCCCGAUUCAUUAUGGAAUUUCUCACGGCGACGAUUUGAACUAUUUAUUUCCCAUACUGAACAAUAAGCAUCAGGAUCAAUUGCUACAUAAUACGGAGAAUGAUAUUGCUAUGAUUAAUAUCAUGACGGAAAUGUGGACAAAUUUUGCGAAAGAAGGAGUACCGAGAGCAUGGCAGAUCCCCGCGUGGCCCGAUUACCGUGAUCAUCAUGAGUUCAUGAGGUUCGGAAUUGACAUAUCGCCGGAUAUUGUGGUGCAAACCGAUUUCCUGUCCAACAGAAUGGAGUUCUGGGAGAAGUUGUCGGCCAACAUGUCGGCGGAAUCGAUAGAACACGAUUCUUUUCCUCUUAAUCCUCCUCCUAAUACUCCUCCAGAUGCGAUUGCGAGUGCAAACGUUGUCGGGUUAACAACUCAUUUUCUAUCGUUAAUAAUUAUUUUCUGUUUCGUGUAUAAAUAGAAAUAUAUCUACGCUCGAAUUACGCAGUAAAAGGUGAUAGAUUACGUAAACUUGCUAUUGAGCAAUCGUCUAAGUACACAAAUCCCAGCACGUGUUGUGUCAGAUAUAUGUAAAUAUUGUCGUAUGUAAUCUUAUUUAAACGAUUUUUACUUCUUUGCCCAAUUCAGAUAAAAAUCCCAGAUUAAAUUAUGCGAGAAAAAUACUUGUGACACGAAUCGCGUGCAAAUGUAGCUUUUUCAUGUAACUUGUAGGAAUCUUUAUCAGAGAUCCUUUCUUUCUCCUAAUUAAUAAAGUAUCAUGUUAUUAAAAAGUUAAGAAUGAUAUCAUAAGUCAAAUAUGCAUAAUAAGUACUAUAUAUCAGAUGUAGAAUACACACGAGUUCGUUCCCUUCUUGCGGUUCAACAUAUGUUUGCAGUUCGAUGCACUUUCCGCAGAGACUAGUUUACUUGCACCAGUAAAAGUAACGAUGAUAGUAAAUACGAAGCGCAACGCUGCUUCGUUUAGUAUCUGAUGCUUCUCUCUCACGGCGUGAAAGUGCGAUACACUUGCUAAUAGCAUCGAUAAAGUUGUCAAAGCUAGGAGAUUCCGAAUUUAACUGCGUAAAUAAAUACUUCUGUAUCGCGAAUAAGUAAGCUGAUUUUUAUUGAUUUGCAUCAUAAAAUUUUCGAAACGUUCUAUAUUCCAUUUUUACUCCACGUUCAAUAGUUUGCAAAUGUUACAUUACAAAUUCAAUGUGCUGUAUGCUCAAGUAUUAAUGAACGUACAUGUCAUUUUCUCACGAAAACUUUAUUUUUAGUAGAUUUUUAUCAUAUACAACAAGCGAGCGUGGAAUCAUGAUUCUAUCAGGGCGCGCCGAGGCAGCACGACCACCCCUGAGAGCCAUUCACGUUUCUGGCUGCAAUUACAGCCGAAAUUAACGUCAUCAAAAAUCCCCGACGGGAUCGGUGCCGCAGCCGUCGGCACCGCAUUAAAGGCAGCCUAAUAAACGAAAGGCAUAAUGAAAUUCGCCAGAAAUUAAGUUCGCCACACGACGAGUUAACGCGUAUAUAAAAUAUGCAGCCCCCAGCUUUCCCGAGAAACCUGCGGUGCGCGAGUGCGCUCAGGGAAAUUAAUCAUCCGCCCUAGGCAACCGGUGUUUGUCUUCUUUCCGUUUCCAUCCGUUUCCGGACGCGUAUCGCGCCGAGCGGAAGAGCUGCGAGCGAGCGAGCGAGGGAUCUCGCGGGCGUCCUCCCGCGUGCAAUGAUUAUGCAACGACGACGAAACGAAGACAAACACCGCGCAUCGUCGCCCACGAAGUACCAUCACGACCAAGAGACCAUAUCGCCUUGUCUCUCCUAAGGAUGAAAAGUGCUAACAGCCAUGUAAACCCGCGAGAUCUGAGACUCCGCCGCGGAUUACCGUACAGCUUUCCACCGUUCGCGAAUCACACUGUGACGGAGUGAACUUAAGUACAACUGUCGGCGACCAGAUGCAUUCCGCUCCAGCUUAUUUACGGUUCUCCAUAGUCGCUAAAAUGUACGAUUGAUGUUGUGUAAAACGUUACUUAUCUCUUCGUUAGUACUAAUCCGCGAUUUUUUGCGAGAAUUAUCGGAAAGUGAAGAAACGCGAGCACGAGAUUGAACGAAGAAUAUUCGAUACAUAUUUUAAAGACAAAAAAUUGAGAAUAUGUGUGUGUUAUUAAAUUCUAGCUGGAUACGCCAUUGAAAUAUCGCAUUCAACGAUAUUUUAUUAUUAUUAAAAGAGCACCGAUACACCUCUUUCUCUUGAACCAGCCGCCUUAUUCAAAUGCUACAUAUUUUCAUCAUUGUUUGCGCAAAUAUUUACUAGCUCCAACUCUUGCAUAUCCGAUACUUCAGAAAUGCAAACUUGGACCAUCGACCGUCAAUAGCGGGGAUCAGAAAACUAAUUAAGAAUGCGCUUUUAUGCAUGUAUAAGUUGUUUAAUUCGUGUAAACGAUGCAAAAAUUAUGCAGUGUAAAAAUAUAUCCAGUAAAAUUAGAAGACUCGAAAACCAGGUAACAUGUUAAUAGUUUAACGUUUCGUUUACAUUUGUCAAUUAAGAGCAUUUUUAUCCUAUCAUCUAUUGUUUCAGUGCUCGACUUUAAUCGUUUCAUUUGUAAGACAUUUAAUUGAACGCUCAAAAUGCAAAACUAGUUAAUAGUUGGACCAAACGGGAAGCCGGAACUAAACACGACCAAACUUCUAUCGUUUUAAAGUAUACAUGACCGCGCCAAUUGAAAUGACGUCCGCAAAGAUAAUAUUGUUGCACCUGACGACAGAAAGCAGCGGAAACUAAAAGCUAUCACAGUCACAUGUAUGCAAAAACGUAGAGAGAGACAGAGAGAGAGAGAGAGAAACUUUUUGUCGACAGAAUGAUGAUUUAAAAAAAUAGAUUUAAAGUCACGAAUAAAAUAGAAAAAGUUUUUGCAUAAAGCUGAAUACUUUCAUAACUUUGCAAAGAGAUUCUUCCUUCGUCUUCCUUAAUUUGUUCAUUUUUGACAAAUAAAAGUAACAGGAUAACUUGCGAUCUAUAUGAAAUGGCUCGGACGGUUGACGCGAUCGAAGCUCCGUGCCCGAAAUAGGAUUUGUCGAGUUUAAUACGACGAGAUAGUGUUCUUUAUAAGUUCGAAACAGUCGAUGCUUAAUCCAUUUUCCCUAUUGCUAAUGAAUAGAAUUCUGCCGGCGGCGCUCGCGACUGCGAAGUCGCGGUGUUUCGUGGCUUCGGAAUUAGAUUCGCGAGAUGCCUCACGUUAAUGCGAUAUUCAAAAUUCGCGGAUCCAUCGCGCGAAAUGAGAAUCCCGCGCAAAUAUCGCGUUUAACCGAAACACGAAGUCACGCUCGACAAUGCACCGACACAUCGACCGGCAGAAAUAUACCAUAAUAUAUGUAUCAUAUUUUCUCUCGCCUUUCUCCGUUUUUGCCUAAAUAUGAAAUACCUUAUAAAGUAGAAUAAUGUUCUCUUUCGCGACCUUGUUCACGUAUCGGGACUUUAGAUUCUUUCUGGACUAAUCUGUUUUGUCCAUGUGCCAUUAUACGCAUGCGAAACGAAACGAAAUUGCUGUUAUCUCAAACUCGAAUUAUCUCUGCGAACGCACUCUUCCGUGCGUUGCAGCGUCGAGCUUUAAUUGUAAUUUCAGCCUUUGUCGCGGUCUACAGCGACAAUACUUGGGAAACCCGCGCGGCUGCAAGCGUAUUUCCAGUCUGUUUUUGCGCUCCCAGUCACGUGCGUACGAAAAACGCGCUUUGACGUGAAAAAUGUACUACCGUUUGAGCUAAAGGACGUUGUGAGAGUGAAUACAGAAAGAUCCCAGAAACACGAUGGAAAAAAAGGACGGACAUGCGGAAGGAUGAGCGGACAGUGGAACGUGUGUUUUUCGAGGUCGCCAAAAGAAUCGUGAAAAUGAUUGCAUGCAUAAAUGGAGACGUGGAAGCAAAACGACGGGUGCAAAGUCGGACUUGUGCAUAUGGAAGAUCAUUUACGUUAAUGACAAUGUUUACAGUCACAUUUCUUUUUCGUUAAGAGCGAACCAUGUAAAUUCGCCUUGAAACGAAUGAUAGGAGAGGAAAAGGGAACUACAGAGAAACACCGUUGAUUGGCAAUUUGCAUAGGCAAAUAAGCCUCGAAGAGACCAACCAACCGCCGCUACUAUUUGCGCGACAGGCGAGUGAUUGUUUUCGGAGCGGUCCCGAGCUGAAAGUGUACACGGUACGUGAGAGGAAAUGCGCGGACACCUUCGAAUUCAUUGGAGUUCGAACCGACCGGUCAGGGUGUCAAUUUCCUGUAGAAAUCGAAUGCUCACUACUACAAAACUAUGCAAAUUUGAAAUUCUUUCCAGGUCGACUCGAAGAAUGGCGACGAUAAAAAUGUUCUAGAUUCCGCGGCUCGAAUACGCUGGAAUUCGCCUUUUCACAAGAUGCAAAUUGCACAGCAUCGGAACUGCGAUACUAGCGUGUCGCAUGACAGCAUCAACUAGUCGAUGUCAUGCUAGCACAAUACGUUAAUGCGACAUAUUGUUCGCCGCUGCAAAAAUUGCCCCUCGUUACUCGCUCGACAAUGGGAAGCCCGCACGCUCUACCAUCCUUCAUGAUAUCGUCGACCCUAUAGUGAUAGCUGGCAUAUGGAGCUAUCAAUAGGAAAAAAUCAGAAGGAAACCAGAACCUUGACGAUUGUGCUCCAACUGAGAUCACAGAUAGCUCUUUUCAAGGAAAGCAAAUUCGAUAAUAAAUAAAUAUUUAAUC